AAAAAACAUACACAAAUCAAAAUAUUGGCACUUACGACAAAAUAUUUCUCUGAGUUUUUUUCUUUUUAAUAAGUGAAUUAAGUGAGACUGGCGGUAGAAAUGGAUUCAUUAAAUGGGUUUGAACUGCUAUUAGAUGCCGCUAUGUAUUCUUCGUCAAACCAAAGCGGAAGGUCUCUGAACAAAUCGGAAAAGGAUCUAGUGCCAAGUGUUGUAGCUUGCUUCGAAGAAGUAGCUACCACUAAUGUUUCUGGACAAAACUGGCUUUCCAGAACACAAACGGCCUAUCCGAUGCGUGAUGUCUCCAACUUCUGUGGUAGACAUGAAGAUUCUUAUUGGAGUAAUAAUAUCACCAUUAGCAAUGUUAUUGCCUCGACUCCAAUCCGCAAUCGAAACGAACGAACGGAAUUAAAGGUUUCCCUUGGCUUGUCAUCGUCAGCUACGAUAUCUUGUGCUCCUUCCUUUAAUGGAAUCGAAAAUAUGUUCAACGAGCUACUGGAUUUACGGACCGAACGAAAGAUCGAACAAAAAAGAACUAAUCCCACGUUCUUCGAGGCCUUAGAUUUACGAGCCGAAUGUAAAUUAUCCCAGUCGAAAAGCACUGUUGAUUGUAGUGCAGAUGAAACUGGAAAUUGUUCCGAAGAUUCAGACUGGAUUCCAGAAGGAGAUGUUACAUUGUUGAACGAUUUUACUAUUAACGAAUGUUUCGAGAAAUAUCGUUACAAUUUAUCGGACGCCGAUGAAAGUGAAUAUGACACUGACGAAAAUAUACCCACAACAGCUGUGCGACGAUUCAAACACAAAAAACAAGCAAAGCAUGAAGCAUCUGCAGCGCAGUACACUUAUCCAAAAAGAACAACCAAUAAGAAAAUUGAAAGACUGCGUAAAGAAAAGGGAGUCAGCUACAUGCGGACUAACGUAAUCUUAGAGCGGCGCAUCAGGUCUGAUUGCCACUGCAGAAUGAACUGUAAAGACAAAUUUUCGAAUGACACUCGCGAAACGCUCCUUAGGAAUUUUUUUAAACUUAAAAAUUCUGUGCGAAACCAAUUCAUAUCAAGUCAUAUCGCAGUUAAACGGACUGCUCGCUCAAAGGUAAUAAAUUCACGCAGGCAGUAUUCACGAGUUUAUUCACUACCCGACAUAUGGAAGUCGAUAGUGUGCAUGCAGCUAUUGAACGAGCACCAUUAUAAAUAUCGAAACCCCUCGAGAAUGGGAGCUGCUCAUAUCAGGUAUCCGAAGAACAAAACCAAUCCAAGUGAUACCAAUGAAUUUGAAUGAUUUUUUGGAUAUAAACAAUUUAGAAGAACGAUAUACUAUUCCAAAAACUACAAUGUAUGGAGUAAAUUUUAAAUUCAAAAGUGCAAUGGUAUUUGCAUAUAACUCCAAACUCCUGCGGUUCAAAUACGUUAUCAGCGAUUCAAAUUUUUCAUACAUCUAAAUUAAAACCGAAAGGGAAAUUGAUGAGGCCUAUCGAGACCAGUUUGAUUCCACUAUCUACAGCGAAGUUGAACGAUUUGAAAAAACUAUUACAUUAUUACAUUACUUCGAUGUUUGACUCCUGCAAAGAAAGGACGAAAACCGAAUAGAAAUAUACCGGACGAUUAUGAGGCUGACAUACACACUUAAUUUUUAAUGCUGAAUCUCGGCAAAAAAAUGCCGAGAUUUGCACAGCCGAUAGAUCGGUAAUCAUCUCAGCAAAAUAAUAAUUACUGAGAAUCUCGGCAAUACCAAGUUUGUUAACUGUCAAUUAUUGCCGAACUUGUCAGCAGCAAUUUUGCUGUUAACGAUCAUGAUCGAUUAAUGAAUUGCCGAGUCAUCAGUAAUCGAAGGUAGAAAGGAUUUUUCUUUAUUAUCGUAUGAAAUAAAUAUCACAAAAGCUAAGAUUGGGGGAAAAGGGUGUUUUAUUGAUGUCCAUUUUAAUGCAGUAUACAAAAAAGCAAAACAAACCUCU